AUGGAUCUCACAUUCUUCAAAUCCCAAUUCACCACCCUCCCCACUCCAACCUUCUCCUUCCAAAACCAAACCAUAAUAGUAACCGGCGCCAACACCGGUCUCGGUCUCGAAGCCGCCCGACACUUCACAAAUCUAGGUGCCUCAAAAGUGAUCCUGGCAUGUCGCUCCCUCGCCAAAGGCGAAGCCGCCUGUCACAAUAUCGAAGCCAGCACCGGUCGCACUGGAGUCUGCGAGACCUGGGUGCUGGAUAUGAGUAAUUAUGAUUCUAUCAAAGCGUUUACGCUACGUGCGGAAGGGCUGGAGAGAUUGGAUGUCCUGGUGGAGAAUGCGGGGAUUGCAAAGAUGGAAUAUGAGGAGGUGGAGGGGAUGGAGAGCGGGGUUGUGGUUAAUGUUAUUGGGACGAUGUUGUUGGCGGUGGGGAUGUUGCCGGUUUUGAGGAAGUCGGCGGGGAAGACGGGGGGAGUGCCUAGGUUGGUUAUUGUAGGGAGUGAGGUGCAUGGUUUUUCUCCACUUGAUGAACGUCAUGAAGAUUCAAUCUUCGAAGCCUGCAAGAAGAAUGAUCCAAAGUACAUGGCAAGCCGCUAUCCAACCACGAAACUCCUCCUGAUCUUCGCAAUUCGAGCAUUGGCAGCACAGAUGUCAACAGGACCUCACGCAUCCGAGCCGGUUAUCGUCAACAAUCCUAAUCCGGGACUAUGUCAUUCGGAAUUAUCUAGAGAUAGCAAGGGCUUUGGAGGGUUCAUGUUCUGGUUGUUUAGGCAGUUGGUUGCGAGAAAAACGGAGGUAGGUAGUAGGACGCUUGUGUUUGCAGCUGCUGCGAAUGAGGAUUCACAUGGGGAGUAUAUGUGUGAUUGCGUUGUCACGCCACCCAGUAAGUUUGUGAGGAGUGAGGAGGGAAAGAAGUCGCAAGAGAGAGUGUGGACUGAGUUGGUGGGGAUACUGGAGGGGAUUCAGCCGGGCAUUACUAAGAACAUCUGA